AGACCCUGACUUGAUGUCCGAGCAACGAGACCCCCCAUAAUUUCCAGUCGAUGGCAGAUGAUUUGUCUUCAAAUCAUGGCAACGGAGCCUAUUAUAGGUAUUUUCGUGGAGUGAAAGAUGCAUGAGUCAAUCUAAUUUUUCAUGACAUUAAUCUUUGGUAAACGUUGAAAGGUAGCUUGAAUACUAACCAACACUUUUGUCUUCUAUUGUGAUUCUCCGGUUAGGUAAUUGUUGGGGGUGUUACUAAGAUACUCCGCGCACAGACUAAGUAGUAGGGCGCAUAAUCGGCGAUGCCCAACGCUCGAUACCAGCUACAGGUAUAUAAGGGCUUGAAGCCCUCCAAAGAAAAGGGGACUUUUCUCUCUCUCCUCACUUUCCACUUUCCAAUAUCUCUCUACACUUUAUCUCUCUACCUUAUUCUCUCAACUCUCUUCACAAACCGACACUAACUUGAUCGUCGGAGCUUAAUCCGGGGGGCAACCCCGGCUCUUUCACAGGUUCUCUCCCUCCCGACGAAAUCGGACGAACGGACGACGAGUCAACCCACACCCACAAAUAUCAUUGUUCGAUACGGAGCAAGUCGGUACAAACAAUUGGCGCCCACCGUGGGGCAUGAUUCCGACAUCUGUUCAUUCGAUUUUGAAGGGAGAAUGGAAAUUGGCUGCCUCUUAACACCAUUCGACGGUAGCUGCAAGAAAAAAAAAAUCCAGAUCUGAUUGUUUUUGGGAAGAGCUCGAAAUCUUCUCCACCAACUAAGCGCCACAGCAGCUGCCAAAUUCUUUGAGGGCCAGCCGAGUAAAAGAAAGGGGAGAGGAGCUCGACAAUAAAGAGAAGAUCAUUUGGAUCUUCACAAAAGCUUAAAGCGUUUACCACCCUCCAAAGCAGCAUCAACACAGUUCCGCCGGAAGGUCAAAGCAAGAAAGUUUUCGUCGACGGCAGCGAACCAAUCCAAAAAUCCAUUCUCGCCGCCUUCACCAACUCCUUUACCCACCGCCAGAAGUCGUCUCCGAGAAAGGCUUCCAACUGGAAAAGGGAAGCUCGGAAAUAGUAAUCAAACUUUGCACCAAAGAGUCUGAUUUCAAAAAAAAAAAAAAAGAGUAACAGCAGCCCAGAUUCCGGCGAGCCAACCCAUCUCCGGCGAAGAAGUUUCCACAAACGCCACACCACCCACCAUCUUCCCAAAUUCCGACCAUCGGAGAAAGAGAAUAAGCUGUGGUCGCAAGGAGUUGUCACAUCCAACUGGUUCCCCAAAAGAUGGCGUUGCUCUCUGCUUGUCAGAAGGAAAAGACAGGUGGAGUUCUUGAGGCAAACAACGGGUUUAUCGAGGCAGCGUCUUGUCGUCCCGAAACGCGCCUUCCACGAUGUAGCUGCGCCCAAGCCAGCGAGCGGGAAGAAGAAAUAAACUUGGAAACUUCACCCCAACGUUCCCGCUGAAGUCAUGGACGCCAUGGCAUUUAAUUGAAGCACCAGGAAGGCGGAAGCAGUUUGGGAAGAGGAGGAAACAAAAAGAAAAAGUGAAGGAGUUGGCGGCCGCGCGACACUUAUCUCCAUCCGGCCUACGGAUCCGUCGGCCCGCGCCCGCGCCAAAUGGGCCCACCACCACUCGCGGGCAUGUUCAUGCACCUCCGCAUCACCGUAUCGCGGCCAGCCUUAACUCCAACCCUGCUACCCGACUCGCGGAUCCGCCUCAAGCCCACUCGCGGCCCGCUCUACCCUUCAGCUCGCGUCACCCGGCCCACCUUCCACCUCAAGCCCACUCGCGGCCCGCUCUACCCUUCAGCUCGCGUUUCUGGCCCACCUUCCGCCUCAAUACCCACUCGCGGCCCGCUCUACCCUUCAGUUCGCGUCGCCCGGCCUAUUAUAGGCCACACCCACAAAUAUCAUUGUUCGAUACGGAGCAAGUCGGUACAAACAAUUGGCGCCCACCGUGGGGCAUGAUUCCGACAUCUGUUCAUUCGAUUUUGAAGGGAGAAUGGAAAUUGGCCGCCUCUUAACACCAUUCGACGGUAGCUGCAAGAAAAAAAAAAUCCAUAUCUGAUUGUUUUUGGGAAGAGCUCGAAAUCUUCUCCACCAACUAAGCGCCACAGCAGCUGCCAAAUUCUUUGAGGGCCAGCCGAGUAAAAGAAAGGGGAGAGGAGCUCGACAAUAAAGAGAAGAUCAUUUGGAUCUUCACAAAAGCUUAAAGCGUUUACCACCCUCCAAAGCAGCAUCAACACAGUUCCGCCGGAAGGUCAAAGCAAGAAAGUUUUCGUCGACGGCAGCGAACCAAUCCAAAAAUCCAUUCUCGCCGCCUUCACCAACUCCUUUACCCACCGCCAGAAGUCGUCUCCGAGAAAGGCUUCCAACUGGAAAAGGGAAGCUCGGAAAUAGUAAUCAAACUUUGCACCAAAGAGUCUGAUUUAAAAAAAAAAAAAAAAAAAGAGUAACAGCAGCCCAGAUUCCGGCGAGCCAACCCAUCUCCGCCGAAGAAGUUUCCACAAACGCCACACCACCCACCAUCUUCCCAAAUUCCGACCAUCGGAGAAAGAGAAUAAGCUGUGGUCGCAAGGAGUUGUCACAUCCAACUGGUUCCCCAAAAGAUGGCGUUGCUCUCUGCUUGUCAGAAGGAAAAGACAGGUGGAGUUCUUGAGGCAAACAACGGGUUUAUCGAGGCAGCGUCUUGUCGUCCCGAAACGCGCCUUCCACGAUGUAGCUGCGCCCAAGCCAGCGAGCGGGAAGAAGAAAUAAACUUGGAAACUUCACCCCAACGUUCCCGCUGAAGUCAUGGACGCCAUGGCAUUUAAUUGAAGCACCAGGAAGUCGGAAGCAGUUUGGGAAGAGGAGGAAACAAAAAGAAAAAGUGAAGGAGUUGGCGGCCGCGCGACACUUAUCUCCAUCCGGCCUACGGAUCCGUCGGCCCGCGCCCGCGCCAAAUGGGCCCACCACCACUCGCGGGCCUGUUCAUGCACCUCCGCAUCACCGUAUCGCGGCCAGCCUUAACUCCAACCCUGCUACCGGACUCGCGGAUCCGCCUCAAGCCCACUCGCGGCCCGCUCUACCCUUCAGCUCGCGUUUCUGGCCCACCUUCCGCCUCAAUACCCACUCGCGGCCCGCUCUACCCUUCAGCUCGCGUCGCCCGGCCUAUUAUAGGCCACACCCACAAAUAUCAUUGUUCGAUACGGAGCAAGUCGGUACAAACAAUUGGCGCCCACCGUGGGGCAUGAUUCCGACAUCUGUUCAUUCGAUUUUGAAGGGAGAAUGGAAAUUGGCCGCCUCUUAACACCAUUCGACGGUAGCUGCAAGAAAAAAAAAAUCCAUAUCUGAUUGUUUUUGGGAAGAGCUCGAAAUCUUCUCCACCAACUAAGCGCCACAGCAGCUGCCAAAUUCUUUGAGGGCCAGCCGAGUAAAAGAAAGGGGAGAGGAGCUCGACAAUAAAGAGAAGAUCAUUUGGAUCUUCACAAAAGCUUAAAGCGUUUACCACCCUCCAAAGCAGCAUCAACACAGUUCCGCCGGAAGGUCAAAGCAAGAAAGUUUUCGUCGACGGCAGCGAACCAAUCCAAAAAUCCAUUCUCGCCGCCUUCACCAACUCCUUUACCCACCGCCAGAAGUCGUCUCCGAGAAAGGCUACCAACUGGAAAAGGGAAGCUCGGAAAUAGUAAUCAAACUUUGCACCAAAGAGUCUGAUUUCAAAAAAAAAAAAAAAAGAGUAACAGCAGCCCAGAUUCCGGCGAGCCAACCCAUCUCCGCCGAAGAAGUUUCCACAAACGCCACACCACCCACCAUCUUCCCAAAUUCCGACCAUCGGAGAAAGAGAAUAAGCUGUGGUCGCAAGG